UUACUACUUCCAAUUUCCAAUGUAUCAAUUCAUAAACAAAAUCAUACUUCAUUCUUAAAAACCUCUCACUAAAUCACCCACCUUAAAUCCUCCGUCGCCGUCGCCGCCGGUCGUGGCUCAAAGAUGACGGUUUUCUCAACUCUAUCCAUUCUCAUUUCCCUCAUCUCCCUCCAAACCACCUUCUCAAACCCACUUCAAUACCAAACUCUUUCCCUAAACUCCCUUCCCAAAACCCUUCCAUUACCUUCCCAUGAUGAAUUUCACCCCCAAGAACUCACCGGCGCCGGAAAAUCUUCACUAUCGUUCCAACUACACCAUCUUGACUCACUAAUCUCUUACAAUUCCACCCCAGAACAUCUCUUCAACCUCCGUCUACAAAGAGAUGCCAAAAGGGUAUUUUCCCUUUGCUCUGCUGCAGCCAAAAACAUCACCCGCCGUACUGGAGAUUUCAGCAGCUCUGUUAUCUCCGGUCUUGCUCAAGGAUCCGGCGAAUACUUCACUCGUUUUGGUAUAGGUACUCCUCCUAGAUAUGCUUAUAUGGUUUUGGAUACAGGAAGUGAUAUUGUUUGGAUCCAAUGUUCUCCUUGCCGGAAAUGUUAUACUCAAAGUGAUAGAUUGUUUAAUCCGGCCAGAUCUACUUCGUAUUCUCCGAAUUCAUGUGAUUCUCCGGUUUGUCGGCGGUUGGAUAACCCAGGUUGUGAUAGCCGGAGGAAGACAUGUCUUUACCAGGUUUCAUAUGGAGAUGGGUCCUUCACCGUGGGUGAUUUCGCCACUGAAACGUUCACAUUUCGCGGUAACAAAGUCGAAAAAGUCGCAUUUGGUUGUGGCCACGAUAACGAAGGCCUAUUCGUUGCAGCCGCGGGUUUAUUAGGUCUAGGACGAGGGAAAUUAUCUUUCCCUGGCCAAACCGGUCAUACAUUCAACCAAAAAUUCUCUUAUUGCUUAGUUGAUCGUGUUUCCUCUUCUAAACCAUCAACAAUCCUUUUUGGAAACUCGGCUGUUUCACGAAACGCUGUUUUCACUCCAUUACUCACAAACCCGAAACUUGACACCUUCUAUUAUCUAGGCCUAGUUGGACUCAGUGUAGGCGGGACUCGUGUCCCUGGUGUCUCCCCUUCGAUAUUUGAAGUCGACUCUGCGACUGGAAACGGAGGCGUGAUCAUCGACUCAGGGACUUCAGUGACCCGACUCACGAACGCUGCCUACACUGCCUUUCGCGAUUCGUUCAGGGCUGGGGCUUAUGACUUGAAAAGGGCACCGAACUUUUCGUUGUUCGAUACUUGUUUUGAUUUGUCGGGGAAGAAGGAGGUUAAGGUUCCCACCGUGGUUUUGCAUUUUGCUGGAGCUGAUGUGUCGUUGCCGGCUUCGAAUUAUCUUAUUCCGGUUGACACGUCGGGAACGUUUUGUUUCGCGUUUGCUGGGACGAAUAGUGGGCUUUCGAUUAUCGGGAAUAUACAACAACAAGGAUUUAGGAUUGUGUAUGAUUUGGCGAGUAAUCGGGUCGGGUUUGCUGCUCGCGGGUGCGUUUAGUUUGAUAUUCGGUUUGGUUUGUUAGCAUAAAAGGUGACAAAAAGGCUGCACCUUUGCAAGUUACUUAAACUAUCUAUCUACAAGGAAAUAUAUAAGUUUCUAUUUUUAUUCUAAGAUGAUGAUCAAAAUGGUAAAAGGAAGACUAGAUUGGAUCAAAUUAAAGAUCUUUAUGUUUUGAUCUUUUCACAUGAAUCUUGUCUAAUGUUUAUUUUAAAUUUUAUUUAUGGGUACUAGUUAUGACCA